AUGGCAAAAGCCCGCCGCUUCACUCCUUGGUGGGCAGGGGCCCUAACCCUUCUUCACUUCACCCUGUUCGUGUGUGGCUCAGCCCUGCCCUCUUCUGCCGAUGCCCCCAUCAAGGCAGCCUUGGUGACCCUCGUCCAAGAAGACGAUAUGAGUGCUAUACUCUACAGUAUUCAACAGAUCGAGGACAGGUUCAAUAACCGCCACUUGUACGACUGGGUUUUCUUUAGCAUCCAAGAUCUUCCUAAUAGGUUCAAGGAGCUCACUUCCAGCGCUACAAAUGCUACUUGUUUCUUCGAAGUUAUUCCUGAGGAGAACUGGAAUAUGCCCGACUGGACUGAUCACUCUCGACUUUCGGACUCCCACGGAGUCGACCCUGACGGCAACCCGAAGACCUAUAAGCCCAUCGCCGACAUCCGCCAGAUGAAACGAUGGAGCUCGGCUCCCUUUGCUAACGAGAGACGUCUCCACAACUAUGAAUGGUUCUGGAGAGUCGAUCCAGGCGCUUCUUUGAGCCAAGACAUUCCUUUCGAUGUCUUCCGUUACAUGCGAGACAACGGUAUUGCCUAUGGUUUCAACCGAGCUGUCCUUGGCCAAGCCAACUUGUAUCAACUCUCUCGCGUCAAGUCUUUCAUUGACAAGCACCCAGAGCUCCUUCAUGAAGAGGCUGAUAUCACAUGGCUUAUUGAAAACGGCGCAGGUCUCGCUAUUCAGUCAAGCUCAUCGUAUGACAGCUGUGAAGGAUCGGUAGACGAGGGCAGUGACAAACUGAGGUCGCGGAUCAUUUAG